CUUGAAACCAAGGCUUUCUUCCCAUUGCCGAUCGCCGGCUCGCAUUCUCCUCCUCUCAGUGUUUGACUUGGUCCGUUGAUAUCUCUUCUUCAAGGUCACAGUCUUGUCCUUACGGUUUUCUUUUAUCUCCCUCCAUCUGAAACAAAUUAACUGCUAUUUAGCUACCUCUGCCGGCUGUUCAACAAUUUCAAACACUCCAAUUCUAAGUUGCAGCAGACACAUUCUGAAUAUGGCAGAAGCACCAAAGCAGCCAAACGAGUCGCUGACGCUCGAGAAGGUGAGACAGGCAUUGAUCAACCAAGAAGACAUCAUCGUGUUUAGGCUGAUUGAGAGAGCCGCCUUCCCUCUCAACUCUCCCACCUACCACCGCAAAUUUUCAUCUUCUCCUUCUCUGUUUAACUUCAUUGUUAAAGGCACCGAGGCCCUCCAAUCUCAGGCCGGUAGAUAUGUGAUUCCUGAAGAACUUCCUUUUUUCCCAGAAAACUUACCUCCUUCAUUGCUGCCGCCUCCUGCUGAUUCACCGGUAUUGCAUCCUGCUGCAGCUUCGAUUAAUCUUAAUGAGAAGAUAUUGGAUAUAUAUUUGAAGCAAUUGCUUCCUCUGUUUGCUGCUCCUGGUGAUGAUGGGAACUAUGCAUCAACUGCCUCCAGUGAUCUUGAUUGCUUACAGGCAAUCUCUAGAAGGAUUCAUUAUGGAUACUAUGUUGCUGAGGUCAAAUUCAGGGAUGCCCCUCAAGAUUAUGAGCCUGCAAUUCGUGCCAAGGAUAGAGAAGGUCUGAUGAAAUUGUUGACGUUUACGGAUGUGGAAGAGAAGGUGAAGAAGAGAGUUGAGAAGAAAUCAAUGAUCUUUGGGCAAGAAGUGAGUCUUGACAGCGAUCCUAACAGUCUAAAACAAAAUGGAACUGUAAAGGGAAAAUACAGGGUUGAUCCAUCCCUGGUGUCUCGCCUCUAUGGAGAAUGGGUUAUGCCUCUCACAAAGGAUGUUCAAGUUGAGUACCUCCUUAGACGCCUAGACUAGACACAUUUUGACUAUUAGAUUACAUCCAUAUUCAAGUCAAAUCUCAGUCCAAACUUCGUAUUGCUCACAAAUUCAAGUGAGAUGUAAGGGUCAUGGACCUUCAAAUAUGAAUAAUUCAGACUUGUUAAAUAUGUUAUUCA